AAAAUGGAAUGAGGUAAUCUUACACGGGUCUUACGCCGGUCUUGUAGGUGUCACCCACCACCUACUACUUUUCAUUUCCCUUUUCUAUUAAAACCCUAUCUCACUCCCCACUUACUCACUCACUUCCAUUCUCAACUCUUCUCUUUCAACUCCAACCAACCACUCAUGGGCAAGGUCAAGAUCGGAAUCAACGGAUUUGGAAGAAUUGGCCGUUUGGUGGCCAGGGUGGCUCUUCAGAGAGACGAUGUGGAACUCGUUGCUGUUAACGAUCCCUUCAUCACCACCGAUUACAUGACAUACAUGUUUAAAUACGACAGUGUUCACGGACACUGGAAGCAUCACGAGGUCACCGUGAAGGACUCCAAUACCCUUCUCUUUGGUGAGAAGCCAGUCGCUGUUUUUGGACACAGGAAUCCUGAAGAGAUCCCAUGGGGUUCGACCGGAGCUGAUAUCAUUGUUGAGUCCACCGGAGUUUUCACCGAUAAGGACAAGGCCGCCGCACAUUUGAAGGGUGGUGCUAAGAAGGUUAUUAUUUCUGCCCCCAGCAAGGAUGCUCCUAUGUUUGUUGUUGGUGUUAACGAGCACGAGUACAAGCCAGAGCUUGAUAUCAUUUCCAAUGCCAGUUGCACAACCAAUUGCCUUGCUCCUCUCGCCAAGGUUAUUAAUGACAGAUUUGGCAUUGUUGAGGGUUUGAUGACCACAGUUCAUUCCAUCACCGCUACCCAGAAGACUGUUGAUGGACCAUCAGCCAAAGACUGGAGAGGUGGAAGAGCUGCUUCAUUUAACAUCAUUCCUAGCAGCACUGGAGCUGCCAAGGCUGUUGGGAAAGUCCUUCCUUCUUUGAAUGGAAAAUUGACUGGAAUGUCAUUCCGUGUUCCCACCGUGGAUGUUUCCGUUGUUGACCUCACAGUGAGGUUGGAGAAGAGUGCCAGCUAUGACGAAAUUAAAAAUGCUAUCAAGGAGGAAUCCGAGGGCAAGUUGAAGGGAAUUCUUGGUUACAUCGAAGAUGAUGUGGUCUCCACCGACUUUGUGGGUGACAGCAGAUCAAGUAUUUUUGAUGCAAAGGCUGGAAUUGCAUUAAACAAAAAUUUUGUGAAAGUCGUCUCAUGGUACGACAAUGAGUGGGGAUACAGCUCACGUGUGAUUGACCUGCUUGUUCACGUUGCCAAGAACUCUCUUUAAGCGGGUACUUCAUGGUAGCAUGUCUACACGUUAGUACCGUAUGUUUAUUUCUAGCUGCGAACUUAGUGUCUUGCUCACUCAAAAAUGAGUAGUCUGAAUAAAUCGGUUUCAGGAACCAUUGUUGUUACCCUGCUAGGAGCUUUAAGCUCUUUUUUGUUUUGCCUCUUCUGUGUGGGGGAGGGGAUUGAGUUUUUGGCUUUUUAUGUACUUUGCUGUUGUACUCGGCUUUAUUGUUUAUGAUAAUAGUUGACAUCCAUGGUUAUAUUUUUAGA